AUGUCACAACCGGGAAAGAAUAGCAUCCCAAAGUUUAUUGAUGCGCUUCGAACGUGGCUUCCUGCCCCCGCAACGUCUGUAGCGGUGAUCCAAAGCAUUGGGCAAGAUAUGGUUGAUAUAUCUUUGAUGCUAGAUGAUGUCCAAGAUGAUUCAGAACUUCGACGAGGAUCCCCUGCCGCCCAUGUAGUAUAUGGCCGUAGCCAAACCAUCAAUAGCGCCAUAUACUCCCUUAUGAAGGUCGCCGACCGCUUGGGGCAACUUCAAGAUGAAAAAUGUCGCGACAUAUUCUACGAGGAAUCGAGGAACCUUUGUGUAGGCCAAGGUCUUGAUCUUCAUUGGCGCCAACAUGUGCAGUGCCCUUCAAUCCAGGAGUACAUUACCAUGGUUGAUAACAAAACAGGGAGCUUUUUCAGGCUGGUAACACGGCUCGUGGUGGCGGAAACGGCGGAACCGCCUAAUUCAGUGAACCUUUUCCAAUUCAUCACUUUACUAGGGAGGUAUUAUCAAAUUCGAGACGAUUACCAGAAUCUGGCUUCUGAAGAGUACACCACCAAAAAGGGCUUCUGCGACGAUCUAUCCGAAGGCAAAUUCUCUCUGCCCAUGAUACAUUUCCUUCAAAACGCUCCAUCGAAAACUGUAGACCAAGCGCGUGGUCUGAUCUUUCACGGCAUUGAUUCGGAUUCAAAACGCCCUCUCGAUCUGGACUCUAAACGCUGGAUCCUUUCUGAAAUGAAAAAAGCUGGAAGUUUGGAAUACAGUUACAAUGUUUUAAAGGACAUGCAUGAGGCGAUGUCCACGAUGUUUAGCGAUCUAGAAGCUGAGUUGGGAGAAAGUAGUAAGCUGAAAACAUUUUUGUUGCGCCUACAACUCUGA